GUGUGCUCCAGUACAGUUUGCCAAUUUCUCAAGGAAGUAUAUUUUGUGAAAAUAAGGGAAAAACCACUUAAAGUUUCAUGUUUAAGAUAACUGUUUAUAAAGGUUUUAAACCGUGUCAUCUCUUCAAACCUAAUCAGUUAUACCCAACCGGCGUUGUUUUUCUAUUCUGCAAGCGUUUGUUUGCGAUAAAUUCUUACUUCCAGUGGAAAUCAAAGAAAAUGGAAGCCGGUUCAGGCCUUGCUCACGCAAAUCAAUGCAGAUUUGUGAGUGAAUCGGAUAUUGCAAGUGGAAAAUGGGUGAAGCUUUCAAAGGUGACAUACACUGACCCAACAGGAAAACAAAGGGAGUGGGAGGCUGUAAGAAGAACCACAAAAGUAGCCAGUGACCUUCCAGACGCUGUUGUGGCAAUUCCAAUCCUCAGAAGAACUCUGCACUAUGAUUGCUUCAUUCUGAUCAAACAGUUUCGUCCACCCAUCAGCAAAUACACCAUAGAGUUUCCUGCAGGUCUGUUGGAUGCCGGUGAGACAGCUGAGAGGUGUGCUGUCCGGGAGCUGCUUGAGGAGACAGGCUACACUGGCACAGUGAAACACACAUCACCUGCCACAAGUUUGGAACCAGGACUUGGCGAUAUGACAGCCCAGCUUGUUUCUGUUGAGAUUGAUGGGGAUUUACCUGAAAACCAAAGUCCUAAAUCAAACUGUGAUGAGGGAGGUAUGUUAAAACAAUAAUCUUAUAUGCUUUCAAUUUCUGUAGAACCUAAGUAUUUCUAAAAUAAUUCCAUAUUUUCCAAUAAAUUUCAAUAAAAUUCAGAUAAAUUAUACAAUUAUUGCAUCUCACUACUGCUACCAAAAUAAUUGUUCAUAGAAAAUAUGUAAAUUCAGAUUUUCCUAUGCAAUUGAUUUUUAAAAGGCGAAGUCAAUGGGUUU